UAUUUUUAAUUUGAAGACAAAAGACGGACAUUCUCAAGCAGAGUAAAACAGAGAUAUAGGUAUUUGCUACGAUUUUUUUUUCAAAAUUUUCUCGCGAAUUUGGCAAUAGUUUGCGGCGUAAAUUAAUAAAAGUUGUCUAAAAUUUAAUAUUUGAUAGCUGCCUAAAUGACACACCAAAUCGUGAACUAGUUCCGAGAGAGUGUAAAAUGUACUCGUAGUCAGAUUUGUCAUUGUUCUCUAGUGAAGGGUAUAAAAAAAAGUAUAGUCGAAACGCGUCAACGGUGUUCGCCAAAGCUCAGAAUCGCAGUGGAUACAUUCGAAUCAUCUUGUUUGCGAUACUUUGCUAAAAUCGGCAACUGGUUCAAACGUUUGGUAAUGGAAUUGCACCAACGGAAGCAGAAUUCAACAUCCUCCUCAUCCUCAUCUGGUGCAUCACCUGGUAACGUAGUAGGCAGUGUGGGAGCUGGCAACAAAAACGAUUACGACAGUUCUCACAGCAGCAGUAACACUGAGGAAUACACCGAAACGGACGAACGGCGUCGCCGAAUGAUGAAAAACCGUGCGAGAAACAAUCGUUUGAUGCAGCAACACGUUCAACAGCAAACCACGGUAUCCGUACCAAAACCAUCAUCGUCGCUCAAAAAGGUACUGGACUCCGAGGAUCGUAUCACAUUAGUUGUGGACAACACAACGUUUUCAAUCAAUCCAUCAUUAUUUACUGCACAUCCGAACACAAUGCUUGGUCGUAUGUUUAGCUCAGGAAUGGAAUUUACACAUCCAAAUGACCGCGGUGAAUACGAGGUUGCUGACGGCAUUUCGCAUACUGUUUUUCGGGCUGUUCUCGAAUACUAUCGGAAUGGUAUUAUUCGUUGUCCGCCUACAGUGUCCGUACAGGAGCUGCGUGAGGCAUGCGAUUAUUUGCUAAUUCCGUUCACGGCGGAUACUAUAAGAUGCCAAAACUUGCGUGGACUGCUACACGAGCUUAGCAACGAAGGAGCUCGCGAGCAGUUCGAAGUGUUCCUUGAAUCACUAAUCCUGCCAUUGAUGGUGGCUUCGGCCGAGCGUGGCGAUCGAGAGUGUCACGUUGUCGUGCUCUCUGAUGAUGACGUCGUUGAUUGGGACGAAGAAUAUCCUCCUCAAAUGGGUGAAGAGUACUGCCAGACCGUGUCCAGCACGGCAAUGUAUCGUUUCUUUAAGUAUAUUGAGAACCGUGACGUGGCUAAGCAGGUGCUGAAGGACCGAGGUCUGAAAAAAAUCCGUCUCGGUAUCGAGGGCUAUCCAACUUACAAGGAAAAAAUCAAGAAACGACCGAGCGGUCGAGUGGAAGUGAUCUAUAACUACUUGCAGCGACCGUUCAUUCACAUGUCGUGGGAGAAAGAGGAGGCUAAGAGCCGUCAUGUGGAUUUCCAAUGUGUGAAAUCGAAAUCUGUGACGAACCUGGCAGAAGCAACGGCUGAUCCGGCGCUUGAGUUGGAUUCUGCAGGAAAUCAACUCCCACAACGUCAUUUCGAUAUUUCCAAUGAACCUGAUGUAGAUGCUAUUCGUCCGAUUGUUGCGGCAGCUAUAGCUCUAGAUGGCGAAGAAGGUGCUGUCGGUGGAAUAAUCAACCCGGAAGAAAUCGCUGGUUCUGAUGAACCUCAGUAAAUAAUAAAGUUGUCAUAUUAUUUGAAAACUCUAUAACAACAGCAUCCGCGCUAUCUGCACAUUUGCUAAGCUGCGUUAGAAAAAAUCUACAUUUUAAUCCCAGA